AUGGACAGAAGGACUUCGUUGUCUCUGUCACAGGCAGAACUUCUCUAUGUGAAGUCAAAGACAUACCUACACCCUUCGAGCUCCAAAAGGGACAAUAUCCCGGGUUACCUUUCGAUUUCUCGUCCUGGGAGCGCCUCCACAAAGAAAGAUUACUUGCUUUCGUUUUCGCCCGAGUCUGUGAUUUCCAACGAAGACACUAAACUGUACCAGGAGAUUGAUAUGGCAGAUGAUUUGAUUUCAGGCUUAGAAGCAUUGCUGGUUUCGGGCCAAAGUUCGAAAAAGACCAAAAAGGCAGUGAUAGUUAGCAAGCCUUACGCCGGUGGGUUCUCCUUUUCUGUGCCAAUUGCGUCGCUUUAUCUGAUCCAGUUUCGGAAGCCAUCGUUAGGUUGGUGGUAUGGAUCAAUUGUGGUCCACAUGAGGUCUGGCGAAAAGUUACCGGUGGUUUUUUUCCACGAUGACGAGUCUCCUCUGACAUUGAAGAGACAGAAACUUAAGAAUCAAAAGUUCGAUCCCUUUGGAGAGGAUGGCGCAAUGUACUGGGGUGGCCAGGAUUUUUUACUGGCGCUCGGAAAACUUAUCAAUGUGGAACAGUCUACGGUAGAACCUUCAGUGUACUUAGUGGACCCCACUCUGGCUGAUCUCCGUAAUUUUGCUCCACUCAAGGAUAAAUCCUCGGAAAGAAAUGUUCCGGCUACUGAGCCCUUCAAAUUGCCCGACGUAGGGAAGUUAUUGGCCACAGCCAAAUGGAAGGUUUUGGAAACUGUGGCCACAUUUGGGCUGCGUACUAAAAACCAGGUGCGGGAUAUCGUGGAUGAACACGUCCCACAGGUUGUUGUCAAGCUGAUUUUGAACAAGCCAGAAGUGCAAAAAAUUAGCAACGAUUUUGAAAGUGCCAGAGUGUAUUUGGCAAAGUGGGCAGCACAGGUUAAGGAAGAAGCAGAGCAGUCUCAACGUAAUUUCAUGCUUGAAGAUGCGGUAUAUGCCAGAAUCAACGAAGAACUCGGUCCCGAUGAUCAUCUCUUGACUCCCGAAGAAAUUAGCAAUGCUUCCCGGAGAAAACCCGUGUCGCAAGUAGAGUGGGACGGUUUCUUUGACCAUAACGGGCGCCUUAUCUUAACUGUGGAAGAGGUCAAAAGCCGUGUAUUCCAUGGUGGACUUGAACCGGAUGUGCGGAAGUCUGCGUGGCCCUUUUUACUUGGGGUUUUCGAGUGGGAUUCGUCUUUGAAAGAACGCGAGGUUGCUUUCGAAAGUUUGCAAUCAAGCUACGCCGAUUAUAAGCGACGCUGGAUUGAGGACGAUGACAAGAGGCAGACAGAAUUUUGGAAGGACCAGAAAGUGCGUAUCGAGAAGGACAUCCACCGCAACGACAGACACUUGGAUAUUUUUAAGAGCGAAAAGAAGCGUAACACAUCCACACAGGGCAGAGAAUCAUCUCCAGAAACACCAGACGAGGAGGACGAAGAGUGGGACUUAGCCAACAUCACAAACGUUCACUUGUUCCGGAUGCGCGAGAUUCUUCUUACUUUUAACGAAUACAAUGUCAAUUUGGGCUACGUCCAGGGAAUGACAGACUUGCUUUCGCCCAUCUACGUUGUUUUCCAGGAUGAGGUACUCUCGUUCUGGGCCUUUGCUGGUUUCAUGGAAAGAAUGGAGAGAAAUUUCGUAAGAGAUCAGAGUGGGAUGAAAAAGCAGAUGCUUGUGCUUAACGAGCUUGUGCAGUUUAUGCUUCCAGAUCUCUUCCGUCAUUUGGAUAAGUGUGAAUCAACUGACUUGUUUUUCUUUUUCCGCAUGCUUUUGGUGUGGUUUAAGCGUGAGUUUGACUGGGAAAACGUGAAUACACUUUGGGAGGUUUUAUGGACAGACUAUUUUUCUAGUCAGUACCACCUCUUUGUCGCGCUAGCUGUUUUAAGCGAUAACCAACGCAUUAUCAUCCAGAAUUUGCAGAGGUUCGAUGAGGUUUUGAAGUACAUGAACGAUUUGCUGGGCAAAUUGAACCUCCAUGACUUACUAGUACGAGCAGAAUUACUUUUCUUGCGGUUCAGACGCAUGAUUGACCUCAUCGAUCGGAAGAACAUGAGUAAAACAGAAGACCUCUACGAAGUGAGGGUGAACCCCGAUUUGCGGCAACUUCUUUCAAAGGAAGUUGUGGUCCAGAAGGAGGUGGAGCGGCCUGAAGGAGUUGGUGGCGGCUAG